CCUCGAUCUAACAAGUUGUACACAUGUUUUGAACAGUACUCACGUCUUCUACACAUUUACAUAAGCUUGAAUAAUAAUAUUGUAGAAAAAAUGAAGCUAAGGCUGAUCGUGAUUUGCUGGUUGGCUCUGAUUGGUGGUAGCUGUGCAGCUCCUCAACUGCCAGAAAUGGGGGCUCUACCAGGGCGGGCCCUGCCAACAUCGGACUUAGCAAACUUGAACACCGCCAUCUCGAACCUCACCUUGGAGCUGCAAGAGGUUACAAACGAUCCGUUUAGCGUAUUGUUGGAGCAGGAAACUCAAUUGGUUUCUACCCUUGAAUCUUCACUCUCCAGUUUGACCACCUCCGUUCCUCAACUCACACCUGGUCAAGGUACUGCCCCGCUGCCAGCCACGGCUAAAGGAAUUUUGUACGAUCUAAUUCCCUCAGUGCAGACGCUGCUUUCCCAAAUUAUCGCCAAACUUCGACCUCGGCUCGACAAAGCGGUUGAGGAUGGCAAUACCGAGUUGACUGACCGCCUUACGGGGCUACUUGACAUCUUAAAAAGGAUUUUAACCUCUUUAGAAACGAUGCAAGCGGUGAUAAAGAAUGUUACUAAUUGGGCAAAUCUUGUGUUGACUCGUUAACAUAGUCAUAAAAAUAGU